AUGUCUAGCAAAGAACUUGAUGCGAGUGUCAUCGAUCCUUCAAGAGAGGUGGAAGAGUUGGAUGUUAGUUCGAUGAAAGAAGAUAUGUAUAAGUUGAAGCAGCAGAUGGCCGAAAUGUACCAGUCCUGGUCAAAAGGACAACCACCACCAGCUUACCCCACUAACCCUGCUUUCAUCCCGCCAUUGACUCAAACCCAGGAACAUCCUACUGUUGAUUCAUCAGCAGGAUUUCCUAUUUACCAUCACUACCAAGGCACCACCUCCCAAACCCCGCAAGCUCCACCACCCAAACCAGGUCCAUAUCCUCCUCCCCCAAUCACUCCUAUCUUCAUAAUAUCCCCAUCUGCUACACUACACCAAUCUUCCAGUGAGCCAGUGUUCCAAGCCCAGGAUAACCAAUACUACCCCCCAGAGCCCACUUUCAAAGCUUUAGAAGUUUAUACUCCUCGUUUUGAUCUCCCUGCGGAAGCUGAAAAACCAUCCGAAAAUCCCGAAAAGGAGGAGAUGCUAAGAACUCUGGACAUGCUGAGGCCGAUACAGUCCAAAUUGCCAAAUCCUCCCCAGAAAAAUCUUGAUUAUUCCGUAAGCUGUGAGUAUUGUUCUGGUACUCCAGGUCAUGAUACUAAGAAGUUCUGGCACUUAAAAAGUGCUAUCCAAGAGCUUAUUGAUACCAAUCGGAUUAAAGUUCAAGCUCCCGAGGCGCCCAAUAUCAACCGGAAUCCAAUGCUAGCCCAUUAG